AACGAGGUCCUGCCAACACACAUACACACACACACACACAGAAUGGUGUUCGGAUGAACCCAGUGCAGAGACAUAGUGGGGCUGUGCAUCAGAGGACAACUUUCAGCAGUGACCCCCGAACGGAUGGACUCCUUUGGAUUUGGAAUAAACCGCGAAUAGAUAUCUGUGCAGACACCCCGGGACUGAAGACUGAAGGUUCAUCUUGAUACAGAGUGGGCCCGGGACCAGAUUUGGACAGGGUUUGGGUCGAGGUUCCUUCUGUUGCUUUCGUUCUGACACUGUUAGCAGAAUGAGAGUGGCACUUGGCUAUGCGCUGGUAUCUGUUUGUGCCCUACUACUCAACACAAGGGUCUGCCACGCCAUUCGAUGGCUUGCUCUGGCCAGGACUGACCCAGCAAUGGCCUUCAACCAGACCCAGAACUGCAAGCACCUAGAAGGUCUGGUCUCAGCUCAGCAACAACUGUGCAGGAGUAAUCUGGACCUCAUGCAGAGCAUCAUCCAAGCAGCUCGAGAGGUCAAGAAAACCUGCCAGAAAACCUUCUCUGACAUGAGGUGGAACUGCUCUUCAAUCGAGCUGGCUCCCUACUUCCCACCAGACCUGGAGAGAGGUACCCGAGAGUCAGCAUUUGUCUACGCUCUCUCCGCUGCUGCUAUCAGCCACACCAUAGCCAGGGCCUGCACCACAGGAGAUCUCCCAGGCUGUUCCUGCGGACCCCUAGCUUCCGAGGCUCCCGGGCCAGGAUUCCGAUGGGGCGGCUGCAAUGACAACCUGAACUACGGAAUUGUGCUGGGAUCCAAGUUCUCCGAUUCGCCGAUGAAGAUGAAGAAAUCCAGAUCACAAGCGAACAAGCUGAUGAACCUGCACAACAGUGAGGUUGGACGGCAGCCUUUAGUCAUUUGCAAUCUCUGCUCUUCCUUUCCUUUCCCUCCCGGCCCACUCCUCCCUUCCCCCUUUUGCAGGCAGUGCAACAAAACAUCCAACGGCAGCGAUAGCUGUACCCUGAUGUGCUGCGGGCGGGGCUACAACCCUUACAUGGAGAAGGUGGUGGAACGUUGUCAUUGCAAGUACCACUGGUGUUGCUACGUGACGUGCAAAAGGUGUGAGAGGAUAGUGGAGAGGUACGUCUGCAAGUGACCCCUUCUCCCAUUCCUCCCCCACCUCCAAACCCCCAACCCCAACCCUCCCUUGCAAUCGCCGACCCUCCCCACCACCCAAAGCCCCAAUCCUGAAUGCUCUUCCGGAAAGAUCUGCAGGGACACUGGAUGCAAUAAAUCGACAAGGCACACCUUGAUGGUUCUGAAUGUGUCAACUUCUAGUUUUGCCUUUCAAGUGGCUCUCUGCCAACACGGUAGACAUUAUUUGAGCUGAAUGCGCUGGAUAACAUUCUUUUGAAAAACCCUGGUCCGGCUUCUCUCUGUGUUUGAAGAAGGAGGAGGAGAUGGAAAACGUCAAUAAAGGGAAACAGUUGUUGUGGUUUGACAACUCUUCAAUCCUCCACAGUAUGGUCUUCCUCCACUAACCCCACUCCCCUCCAACCACCCUCCCUUCUAGCUCAAAGGGAACCCCCAACCACUCAAACUCCUUUGCAGCCCCCUCUUCUCUCUCUCUUUCCCCCUUCCCCUCCCCUCCCACCGCCACAUUGAUAAAGAUGGCUGCGGGUGAUGGUGGGGUGAAUUUGACCACCUCAAGGAACUGCUACAGCUUGGCCCAGAGUUGGGUUUCACCUCAAAGCUGGAGAAGGAACACAAAGGCUCCUGCUUUCGACAUAGCGGGUGAGGGACGUUGGCUGGUGAAGGAGCAAAUCGCGGAGAAAAUUAGGGAAAUCCAGCACGUGGGCAAGGGUGAAGCUAUCAGAAUCAGGGUUGGGGUGGAUGGGCACGGAGAGGUCCAGGAGAAAGCGUACAUGCCACGGAACCAGCCACAGAAGACAGAGCUUCGAAGCUGGAGUGGGUAUAUCUCAGAGAAGCCAAUUAGUCCAAACAGGUUCCGAGGCAGCUCCAUCUCUUUCGGGUGCAGGGAUACAGGCAACUCCAGGUACAGGCAUCAUAGUUUCUCAUCAGAAACAGACACUUGCCAAGCUCCUGAGCAGUGGCAAUGGCAAGGUGGGUUUUCAUAGCUCUCUGGCAGUGACUGUACAUAUGUAAUCUGUAAAUAUAUUUUCUACCACAGGCUACAAGAUAAUUUUUUUUUAAAUUCUGAAAAAAAAAGUAAUAUUUAUAAGACUUUAGAAUUCUAAGUUUUUU